GUUUCAUAACAAAAAGUUUAAGUUGGGAUUUUAAUCCAACACAAUGAAUAAGUCAAUUUUAAUAAUUGUUGCUGCGUGUAUCAGCUUUGUUUUUGCGGAACCAAAAGAGUCAGUAUUGAUUCCUGAUUUUCGUAGAAAAGAUGUGCUUCGUGCUCGACAAAGCUUCUGUUAUGCUGGAAAUGGAUUUAAUGAUGAAAAACUUCGGGAAAUCAAAGAAUUUCGUAUUUAUCCAUCUGACGACAGCUACUAUUGUUAUACAGGUUGCUUUACUACUGAAACAAAAUCGAUAAUAACAGGCGAGAAAGUCUUCAGUGAACAAUAUAUAAAAGCUGCUCUUUAUCGUACAUUCCCCGAAAAGAAAGCAAAUAGUAUCAUUGCUAAGUGCAAAAAUAUUAAAGUUUCAAAGGAUAUUUGUGAUGCUGGGAAAACGAUUCACUCUUGUUUUACUAUACAACAAAUUGUUCUAGCAGAUUUCAUUGGAUACCUUGAUAGUGACGUAAUAUAAUAACCGACAACAUUAAUGUUAUUAUCAGUAAUUUUAUUGACGAUUAAGAAAUUAAAGUAAAAAGUAUUUAUAAA